AAGAAGAAGUAGUUUACUCGUAAAGAAAAUAAACAAAUCUUUCUGGCGUUGUUUUCUAUCCCGCAAAUAUUGUGGAAAAACCGCAUUACUUUCGCAACAAAAACAUGGAAUACAGUUCAAAAAAUGCACAUGAACAUCAAUUUCAUAAAAGUUUUGUGUGCGUCGUUUAUCCUGGAAUAGUCCGAAACCCAGAUCGCAUGAUGGAAACAUUGGGAGGAAUUCGCGAAAUAAGCACCACCUUUGGACAGGAGAAACGGAGGCUAGAGCUACGAUUUCGCCCAGACUGCAUCUACUCCAAACCUGCGUUCGGUGAUGGACGGCCUACAACCGGUCUUGUACUGAAGGUGAAGGUGCAACGUCGAAAAUCACAACCAGAGUACCGAUCCAUCAAUUCGGUUAAGAUCAUGGGCUGUGUUCGAAGGUGUUACAAUUUCGAUUCGCUGUGUGACUUUCAACAAUUGCCCGCCUUUCGCAUGCCAACGAGUGGCAAAGUCGAAUGCGUCUACAACGAAAUUGUUCCGAAGGGUGUCAACACUACAAGUCCCUUUGAAAAGCCCACGGACAUUCCAUUUUUUCUGCCACCCGUUAGUUUUAGUCGUAACGAUUCGAUGAACACGUUUGUAUUGCGUGAACCGAAGCAGAGCAAAAUUUCGUCCAUCGAUAGCUGUUAUCGACGAAGAAGACAAAAGCACGGUAUCUACAACACAUUCUCGCUAACGGAACCCAUUCCGGAAAAGGCAACCGUGCAGGCUCAGCAUAUGUUGGCCACGAAAGUCAUUACUGGGGGAGAUAUAGAUAAAGUACGGGCCGCUUUCAAGACGCGCCCCAUUUGGACGAAGAAUGCACUGAUCAACGUUAAUAAGCUCGAGUUCAGUACCCAAACGCUGGGAGUCAUUCUGCCGUCAGUUGCUUUCUACUACGUGAACGGACCGUGGCGAGGAACCUGGGUGCGCUAUGGGUACGAUCCGCGCAAACAUUUCGAGGCACGCGUCUAUCAGCUGCUAGACUUUCGCGUCCGUUCCAUCGGUUCGGUGCAUGAGUGCAUCAAAAUUAAACGACUGUCGCUAACCAAGGUCAACUAUCGUAUGGCAGAAUCAGUGUCGUUGUACAAGGAUGAUGAGCAAAAUUUCGUCAACAGUACAUUCGAUGAGGAUACCGUUCCACCGUACCGGGUGAUAUACUAUCAGUACUGCGACAUUCAUCUGAAAAAGAUUCAGGAGAUGCUGAAAAAAGUCCCAUCACCCAAGAAUGGGACUGUAUGCGACGAACGCAAUGGAUGGCUACCGUACCGGUUCGAUGACCAGUGUCGCAACAUAAUGAUGGAAAUUGUGCUGAACAACAUACGCAGGCUGAGCGAGGAGAAUCCGGAAGUAUGCAGCGCGAUGGAAUCGGUGGAAGACGAUGACGAUGAGGAGGGUGAUGAGGGCGAGAUGUCAGGAUUUGAGGAGGAUGAGGAGGAGGAAAUAGAAGGUAUCAUUGAUUCGAUGGAUGAUGUUACGGAUUAGGGUGCAGCUUUUAAAUAUCAUUUUGUCUUUUGUGUCUGCUUGAAAAAUGUCGCAUAGUACGAAUGGAAUUAAGUGUACUAAAGAAUAUAUGAUUCAUGACGCCCCGA